CUUGUAAGAUCGACAGAAAGAGAAUCAGACAAAGAGACUGAAGGAAAAAUAAAGAGGGGAACAAAGAAAAAAGGAUACAGUAAGAUAUUAUUAAGAGGCAGAGAGAAAGGGCUUGGAAGGGGGAAAGGACUUAAGGGACAGAGAUAGAGAGAGAGAAAGACACAGACACUGACAGAGAGGGGGUAAAUGCAGACGUGUUAGUGAGUGUGAGUCAAGUGCUGUGUCAGAAUGCGGCCCUUGCUACGCUACUACCUUAUGUCGGCAGCCAUGUUGGCUCUGCUGCUGUUUCUCAAUUCCAUGUGGCUUCCUCAAGGGUCACCACAGAGCUGUGCGAUGCCAUGGCGUCCUUGUCUGAGUGUUUACUCCCAAAACCAUGAGGCUGCUUUGAAUGCUGAUGCUGGCCAUGAGCUUGUGGGUAAGCCUGAUGAUGUUGCCCAUGGUAACAGUGACACUGUUAUUGACAGUGAUGACAAGGACAUCCUCAUAGAAGAAUGUCCUGGUCAGAAUUUUCAAGUGUCCCGUCUCCUAGCUCACCUAAACUCUGCCCUGGCUUCUCCUUCUGAUGUGCUCUUGCAACCUUACCUGUCCAGUUGGGAUGAGCUAAUUAAGUACAUGGAGUCUCUUGGUCCUUUGGUGAGCUUUUUCACACAUAAGGUACAGGAGAAACUCACAGUCAUUCGUCAGCUUGCCCAGCAAGAGGCCGAGAAACUGGCAAAUUCAAGACGUGGCGCAAGUCCUCCCUCUGAUACAGAAAUUUUGAAAGGCAGAGAACCUCCUCUUCAUUUCCAAAUCACAGGAAGCUCUAUCAGUCCUGAACUGCAUGCCUAUCACUCAGUGCGUUUGAUGCUUGAUGCAGAGUUACAGAGGGGGUUGGUCAAUUUCGACAGGAGGACAGAUUCGGGCUCUCGGACUUUGCUCCGCCUCCACCGCUCCCUUCUUUGGUUGCAGCUGUUGUUGGAGAAGCUGGGGGAGGGGCCAGAUGAGACGGGCCGUCUCCGCACCCCUGGGGAGCUGUGUCGAGAGGCGUACUACCAGGCCCUGGCUCCGUACCAUCCAUGGCUGAUCCAGCGUGCAGCAGAGCUGGUCUUCACAGCCAUGCCAGAACGGAGCGUGUUCUUACAUCUGGUGUGUGUUGAAAGUCAAGAGGAGGCAGCACCAGUUAUGGGGAGGGUUAUCAAAACCAUCAAGGAAGUGCACCACAGGACCCAAAUUGCAUUGCAGGAAAAGGGCAUGUUGGAACUUCCAUAAAGAGGAAAACAAGCCAUGAACCUUUAUACACUCCAAUUUCAUUUCAAACUGUGUUUGACGAGAAGUUGCAUUCGCAUUUCAUGUUAUCGCCUUUACACAGUCGUUUCACCUUGUUGUGUUAUUUAUUAGACAGUUCUUACGCUGACUGAGAAAGCAUUUCGUCCAUUACCUUUCAUCACAACAAAAAAAAUAUGUAUUAUUAAAGUAGUGAUACAGCCUGCUUGCCCAUUUACUUGUGUCUGCUAUUGACAGGACUUUAUUUUAAAUGUGGAUGUCUCCACUGAACAGGAAAAAAAAUAAAUAAAAAGUUUGUUGUGAGGGUGCAUAUGACAGGGCCGAUGGAGAAGAGAGGAAGAGAGGCGGGAAAAGACUGGGCUGGACGACCAUUUCACUGACAUUUUCGAAAUACACGUGCUGAACUAGGAGUUAACCCACGUGAUAAUGUAAAUACGACGAGAAUCAUCUCAUUU